GCAGCAUUCAACUUCCAACUUGAAGCGUGUCCGACGGCAUGAUCUCUCGCUUGUUGCUGUCACGCUCGGUGGCUGUUCUUCGCCACACCAAUGUCCAUGCGUCGGUGCGCCACGCGUCGACUUUUAGGUCCCUCGGUCUGAGCCCAGAACUGUGUGAAGCGCUACGCAAUAAGGGCUUGGACACUCCAACAGGCAUCCAGGACCGAACGAUAUCGGCCGCUCUCAAUGGUGCCGACGUUAUCUGUACGGAUGCAACUGGCAGCGGCAAGACGUUGGCGUAUCUCUUGCCUGUUGUGGAGAAGAUUCGCAGGGCUGAGAAGCGUCAGCUCUUGUUGGCGAAGCGCACCAAGGAGGCCGCCACAGUCGACGAAUCCAUUGCUAGCACGACCAACCCAAUCGACCUUGUGCGUCGAGAAGUGAGCCGUCCUAAGGCUAUUGUGCUGGUUCCAAGCCGAGAAUUAGGCAUGCAAGUUGGCGCUGUGGCGCGUGAACUGUCGCACGUGGCCAAAUUUUCGUCGUGCGUCAUCACCGGUGGCAGCGAGCAAAAGCCGCAAAAGGUCGCACUGAGUCGUCCCAUCGACGUGUUGGUGGCUACACCCGGCAGACUGGCCAAGUACAUCAAAAGCGGUCACGUCUUUCUGUCUCGAGUCGAAUACGUCGUGAUCGACGAAGCGGACACGUUGCUCGACAGGAAAAUGGGGUUUCGAUCCAUCAUGGACGAGAUUCUCGGCCCGAUUCGCGCCAGCGGCCUCGCCUCCAAGCGCCACGUGCAGUACUUGCUGGCGGCCGCGACAGUAAAGCCACCGAUGGAUCAAGUUUUUGCGUCGGUAUUCCCGAACUUGAAGCUCGUGUCCGGCAAGGGGGUGCACCAGACGCCACCCAGCAUCAAGGAAGAAUACAUUCGUGUGCCAGGCUCGAGUGACAAGCACGGCGCGUUGCGAGCGUCGCUGUCCCAGUGGAGCAAAGGGAAGACGAUUGUGUUUUGCAACUCGACGGCGAGCUGUCGGUCGACGGACCACAUGCUCCAAGAACACGGGUAUCCGUCGACAUCGCUGCACGGAGACAUCCCCCCUGUUCUCCGCAAGAAGAACUUUGAACAGUUCGUCUCGAACGACGCGUCUGUGUUGGUGUGCACUGACUUGGCCGCCCGCGGCCUCGACCUUGCUCACGUUGACCACGUGAUAAACUUUGACUUUCCCAAAUCGUCGGUCGACUACUUGCAUCGUGCAGGGUACGUCCACCAGCAGUGCCAAGUUGUGCGGACGUGUCGGAAAUGUUUCUCGUGACUUGGCAUGGUCGCAUCGUGUGUCCCGGUGUGCUAACGAUCGAUCUCUACCUUGCAGACGCACCGGACGCGCCGGCAAGCGCGGCAUUGUCACCAACUUGAUCACAAAGCACGACGCCGCCACUGCUCGAGCGAUGACGGCCGCCAAGGGCAAAUUCCAGCCCAUCAUGGAAGUCACGACCCAAGUCAACUUGGCCAAGUACAAGGAGCAAGGGCUUCCCGCAGACGACGAAGGACCUUUGUCCAGCCCCAAGGCCAGUAAUCUGCCACCGCGCGUUCGGGGCACGCGCAAGUUCAAACUCAAGCCAUACAAACUGCGAACAUUGCCGCACCGCCGACCCACAGCGACGUGACUCUAAUUUCAGGAGGAAAAGAACCAAUUAUCUUCAGAGCGUUUUCUUGAAUAAAGUAGAAGAGAGUGUACAGACUAUAUAUGCCAGGGCAACGCGAGUCGAUGGCCUAGAACGGGUUCGAACUUGGCUUUUCAAUGUACACCCACAACGAGAUGAAGACCAGGCCGAACGCAAUCAUGGACUGGCCGAAAAAGUUGCCCUGGUCCGUCAAACUGUGGUAGCUCCAUCCGAAGUACUCUUGGAUACUCAUGCGGACGCUGGGCCCAAGUUUCGUCGCGAUAAAGAGCCCCAUCAUGAGACUCGCCACCAGCAACGACGCGCCAUGCGACGUUUGCUGCGAGUUGUACGUGGCAAAGAAACGAAUGAGGGCCCACACCAAGCCAAAAACGUGACCGAAGUACACUAUGACGUUGGGGAGUUCCGUGAGGGAGCCGCGCGACGAACUGCCUGUGACAAACCACGCCGCUUCCUUGCCCGUGAGUUUCCACCAGAAGGUCUCCAACACGGCCGUCGUAUGAGUAAACGCAUAAACAAACCAAGCUUCCUGGGACCGGACGACGUCG